GUAGUUGUGAAGUAAAAAUUACGGGUGUGCUUGUUUUCAUUUAAGUGAAAAUUGAAAUGUACAUAUUUCGUAUUGUAUUUUGAUUUUUGCAUUGAAUGAGUCCCUGAGCAUUAGCAGCAGUUGUCUGAUGUUGAGGAUUAUCGGUCACCGCUACUGUGCUUUUCCUCAUACCGAUUCCAGAAGGUAUUUUAUUGGCGUUCAAAAUUUGCGCAGAUAGUGCACUACAAAAUGAAAUAUGCAGAUACGACCACUCAUCUGUACAUACAUAUGCAUGUGAAAGCUCCGGCCCACGUAUACACGAUAUAUUAACAACUUUGCGACAAUACCAUGACCCGAAAGCCCUAUGAGUCAUACUUGGAAGACAUUGCCCAACUUAUAACAAUACGUGAUGAAGAUAGACCAAUCUAUACAAAAGAUUUUGAUAUCAUACGGGAUCACGUUUUGAAUGGCAUGAAGAAAGUUGAUAGUGUAUUUAGAAAGAUGUAUCAAGGGACAAGUCUUUUUGGAAGUUACGCCAACAACGUGCGCAUAAAAUAUCCCAAUGAGUUCGACGUCAUAUUUAUAUUGGGUAUCCCUCAUUCAUCUAAUAUUGUUGUGAAUAGGGAUGCUUAUAGUCCCGGAUAUGUAAAUUUGGAUUUAGAGGAAGUUAUGGAGCAUUUACAAGAUGCGAACGGUUAUGCCGAGGUUUACGAUCGUUUUAAUGAACUUAUCGAUGAAGAUGAUUGCUUGUUGCGCAAGAGUUUUCAGAUUUGGCUUAAGAAGGUUGUAAGGAGUUGUUUGAAAACAUACGGAAAUGAAAUUCGUGGUCACCAGGGCGAUUUAUAUACCUUAAAGUAUUCAAAGCGUGGAUUGGCGCAUACGAUCUAUGCUAAGUGUACUGCUCGUUCAAUUUCCAUUGAUUUAAUUCCUGGUAUUUCCUUUGGAAAAGCUGAGUGGAUGAAAGUUAGCAAACGUCAUAGAAAAAUGUUCGGAAACACAAAAUGGUACGCUGUUCCAAAGCCACCUGUCCGUCUCUUUCAUACAAAAUGUUGUGCAUUUAUGAUUUGCAAUCCCAAAUUUGAACGAAAACUUUUGCUGGGAAGGCAAAAUCUAAAGGUAGUUUUUCGGCUCUUGAAGUCUCUACGCGAUAAAUACGGCAUGAAACGCCUCAAAAGUUAUUUCAUAACCACAGCUUUCCUUUGGGAAGUUGAAAAACAAAAAAAAAGUUUUUGGAAUAAUCCACUACAUAUUUUACUAGAGCACAUGCUGGAGUCUUUGGCUGAUAGUUUCGCUGAAGGUUGUUUGCCUUUUUAUUGGGACCGAAAAAACAACCUAUUGGAUAACUUGGACAAUGAGGAAAUUGAUGACUACGCCGAAAAACUUAAACGUGCCUAUGAAACAUUAAGGCAGUAUAAAUUCGAGCCGAACCUUACAUAUAAGCGAUGCCGAACUCAUUUCAAGCUUCCUUAAAAAUACGGAUCUAGUACGAGUUUUGGUUCUUCACACAAUUCACACACACACACACACACACAAUUAUUACUCAUACUUAUUAUUUAGAUAUGUAGGUUUGAAUGUGAAAA